CUGUUUUCUGUUUAUGGUCCUUCAACCAUCCUUUCAUUAUCUUCAUUAAUUUCGUAGGUGAAGGUCCAAAUCCAUCGUUUCACAACUUCAAGUGUAUAGAACUAGUCUGCUUUUUUGGGUGCAUAAAAUGGGCUGCCAUUGUGGUUGAUAUUGAUAGCAAUCAAUAAAAGUAUAUGCUUCCAGUUCCAGUAUUUGUGGUCUCUCACAACUUUCAUUCAUAUCUGAUGGGUGAGGAGGAUCAAGCAAGAAAGAAUAAUCUCAUCAAAAUGUUACUCUCUCUUCUCAAUCCAUUCGGGAUCAAGCUACACUACUCAUCCAAACGUGGUCAAUAUCAAAGGGAUAAUUAUAUUCUUGAUCCCCAGCCCGAGAUCAAUCCUUCAACUUGGUGGUUGGUACCAUUACCCGUCCACUGCAUAGCUGAAUCCGUGAAGAACCAACUGCCAGUUGUGCAAUACCGGGACUUUCUCAAGAUAAAAACAGGCCAACCAGCAGAAGCAGAAGAUGACUCCAAUAACAAUGAUCAUAUGUGUAUUGUGUGCAUGAACAGCAUGGAAGGUAGCCAAGGGAUCAGAAAACUCUGCAAUUGUUCACAUGCUUUUCACAAAGAGUGCUUAGAUGUUUGGAUCGAUGAGGGUCAGCUCACAUGUCCUCUCUGUAGAUCUAACUUAUUGCCUAAUUCCACUCUAAAAUCAAAUCAUCAUCAUCACCAUAAGGAGAUGGGAGAAUUUGGAGAGGAUCCAUGGAGGGCCGAGAGGAUGAUUUACUUGUUUGGUGAGGAUGAGCGUGCCUAAGCCUAGCACCAAAAUGAGAGCUACCAAGCUAGUUUUAAAAGGCUUUACGCAUAUCAUGUAGUCUCUUGAAACUUGUUUUUUUUGGUUUGUUUCACAAAUCAGAAUGCCUUUUACGUAUUCUUUCAAGUCUCAAACAAACAAAUUACUGGAAUUUUCAAAUUGAAUGUGGAUGGAUCUUGUAAACCUGCAUCUGGUAAUAUUGGAGCUGGAGGUGUCCUCCGCGACUCCUCUGGAAAUUGGAUUAAGGGUUUUGCUGUGAA